AUGAUCACAGCGCCCGCGGUGUCUGUCCUGAGACACAGCUCCAAUCCAGCGUGGGAGAGCCGCUCCUCAUCCGGGGAGAAAGGCGCACUGAGCCCCGCCAGCCGCACGUACGCGCAACGCAGCACCACCGCCGCCGACAACACCGUCUCCUCCCCUGCAGACCCGCACCGUCAAGCCGGCCGUCUGCCCAUCAAGUUGCUGAAAAUGCUCACGGCUCGGGCGGGACACAUCAUGCACCCGGAGUACCUCCAGCCGCUGCCGUCUACGCCGAUCAGCCCCAUCGAGCUGGACGCCAAGAAGAGCCCACUGGCGCUUUUGGCUCAAACAUGCUCCCAGAUCGGCAAGCCGGACCCCCCAGCCUCCUCCAAGCUUUCCUCGGUGGCGUCCGGCGGGGACAAGGAGAGCAAGGCUGGGCCGAUCAAGAUCAGCGACAUCGGCGCGGACGACAAGUCGAGCUUUAAGCCCUACGCCAAGUCGUCGUCGUGUUCGGACACCAAGAAGGAGUCGAGCCUGAGCGGAGAUAAGAACGCUUUCCGAGUGCCGAGCGCCACCUGCCCGCCGUUCACGCCUAGGACAGGCAGCCGCAGCGCGAGCCCGAGCUCCUGCGCCUCCGCGUCAGCUUCGCCGCUGCCGUGCGACGGCAAAGCGGCGGAAAAGGACGACAAAAAGGAGUGCGAGCGUAAUAAAAACACGUCGUCGCCGGAGAGUCAUAGGACGAGUGGAAUUAGCCCCGAUGGCAGCCAGGAAAGCACGCCCGGGUCCAAGGCCGUCACUUCGGACUCGCCGUCCAUCACCUCGUCGAUGCUCGGCACCGGAUUGGUGGCUCCGGUUUCCCCCUACAAACCCGGCCACGCGGUAUUCCCGCUGCCGCCCGCCGGCAUUUCCUACCCUGGGAGUUUAGCGGGCGCCUACGCGGGUUAUCCCCAGCCCUUCCUGCCUCCCGGUAUGAGCCUGGAGCACGCCAAAUCGAGCAGUCAGCUCCUGAGCGCGCAAUUCGCGGCGUGCAGCAAGGCCGGGACCAGCCCCCUGGCCGGGGCAUCCCCUCCCUCGCUAAUGUCCGCCGGCUUGUGUCGGGACCCGUACUGCCUCAGCUACCACUGCACCAGCCAUUUGUCGGCGACCUCCGGCGCAAACUGCGCGCACGAUGCCGCCUCGGCCCUCAAGUCUGGAUACCCGCUCGUGUACUCUGCGCACCCGCUGCACGGCGUGCCGUCGUCGGCGCCGUCGUUCGGCGGACACCCGCUGUACCCGUACGGUUUCGUACUGCCCAACGACCCGCUGCCGCACGUCUGCAACUGGGUGUCGGCGAACGGCGCGUGCGACAAGCGCUUCUCCAGCUCCGAGGAGCUGCUCGGCCACCUAAGGACUCACACGGCUUUCGCGGCCGGCUCGGAGAAGCUGCUCUCCGGCUACCCGGGUUCGUCGUCGCUGGCCGCGGCUAUGGCCUGCCACAUGCACAUGACCUCCGGUGGGAGCCCGUCCAGCCCCGGCGCCCUCGCCCUGAGGGGGGGCCCGCAUCACCCGCUUGGACUAAGCAGCCGCUAUCACCCGUACUCCAAGAGCCCACUGCCCGCCCCCGGAGCCCCGGUGCCGGUGCCCGCGGCCACAGGCCCUUAUUACUCCCCGUAUGCUUUGUAUGGACAAAGACUGACCACAGCCUCGGCUUUGGGGUACCAGUAGAGACCAUUCACACAGACAAAAUACACACACACACAUUUAUAAAGGAGAUUUUAGGCCCAAUGAGUUUUAUAUGUACUUCAUGCAGGGACUGGAUCCAUGUGGGGAUCAAUGUAUUUAUUUGAGAUAGCUUCAAGCGUGACUUAAAAAAAUAAAAAAAUCUAUAAUAUAA